UCUAGGUGAUUUAGCGCCGCCAGUCUCAAGCAGGUGUCCAACAUGGCGAUCACGGGGAGCGGAUCUCUCGCUAUUUUUCUCUCUGUUUUCGCGAUUUCAGCGGCGUUUCUCCCAAAAGGAGCUGCUGAAACCGUGACAGUCGAAGGUCAAAACCUGGCGACUGACAAUGUGUCGGUGAUUGAGGGGGAAAUGGCCACCAUCAGCUGCAGAGUGAAGAACAACGACGACUCCGUCAUCCAGCUGCUCAACCCCAACAGACAGACUAUCUACUUCAAAGAUGUGAGACCUCUGAAGGACAGCCGGUUCCAGCUGGUGAAUUUCUCUGACAACGAACUGCGGGUGUCUCUGUCCAAUGUGUCACUCUCCGAUGAGGGACGCUAUGUGUGCCAGCUCUACACAGAUCCUCCUCAGGAAGCCUACGCAGACAUCACUGUCCUGGUCCCACCAGGGAGCCCAAUCAUCGAGAGCCACGAGGAUGUGGUCAGUGAGGGGAACGAGACGGAGCUCACCUGCACAGCCAUGGGCAGCAAGCCAGCUGCCUCCAUCAGAUGGAUGAAAGGGGAGGAAGAACUGACAGGUGAGACAACAGUUGAGGAGACGUAUGACAGGAUGUUUACUGUCACCAGCCGGGUAAGAUUUUCUGUCACCAAAGAGGAUGAUGGAGUGCCAGUGGACUGCAUCAUUGACCACCCAGCUGUAAAGGACCUCCUGGCUCAAAGACACUUGGAAGUGCUGUAUAAACCAGAAGUGAAGAUUGUGGUGACAUAUCCCGAAGGAUUAACUAGAGAGGGUGACAAUCUAGAUUUGACAUGUAUUGCAGAAGGAAAACCACAUCCCCAUCAGAUCAAUUGGCUGAGAGUAGACGAGGAUGUGCCGCCUCACGCUGUGGUCACUGGCUCUGAUCUCUACAUCGAGAACCUCAACAAGUCUUACAACGGCACCUAUCGCUGCGUGGCCUCCAAUGCUGUGGGAGAGGCCUACGAUGACUACAUCCUCUAUGUAUAUGAUGCUCCCACUACUAUCCCCACACCCACCACCAAUCCAGUCAACACGCAAGACUCCAGAGCUGGCGAGGGGGCACCACAGAAAAUUGACCAUGCUGUCAUCGGAGGAGUGGUUGCCGUGGUGAUGUUUGCCAUCCUCUGUGCACUCAUUGUUCUUGGUCGAUACUUUGCCAGACACAAAGGUACUUACUUCACACAUGAAGCCAAAGGGGCGGACGACGCAGCUGAUGCAGACACGGCCAUCAUCAAUGCGGAGGGAGGACACAACAAUACAGACGAGAAGAAGGAGUACUAUAUCUAAACAGGACAGGCCAGGAGAGACGGGUGGGGAUGCUGCUGGUGGUGGUGGUGGUUUUG